UUUUUUUUUUAAACUUUUUUGCACCGUUUUUCAAGAAAACGUUUUCACUUUUUUUAGGUGAAAAUAGAAACGGAAAAUUUUCAUUUUUUUUCAACAAAUCUCCCAUCCCGCCAGUCUCCGGUCUCAGUCUCCAAAAGCUCUCUCGUGGUUGCUCUGCAUUCCUCAUCGCCGGCACCGGAAUAAUCGCCGGUGAGUUGAAUGUUUCCAGUUUUUUUUCCGACGAAGUAGUGGAAUUUUUUCUCAGUUUGAUUCCCGAAGUCUAAUGUGUCACAAUAAUCCCUAGGUCGUCAGCUAGUAUGUCCGGAAUCGAAACCCCAAAGCGCCAAGAAGAUGAACAUGGCAGCGCAGACCGACCAGGUGAAAAUCCAAAAAUGUUCGGAGCUGAAACCCUAGAGCACCAACAUGAUGAAUAUGGCACAGAAGACCAACCGCAUAACCGCAAAAGGAAGUCCGGCACAGAAGUUAACGAUAACACUGAUGCCACAUCAACAAGGCUCAUGAAACGCAUCGUUUUAUCAUUGACCAAGCCUUCCUACAUCCUAGGCAUUGGUUCCAAGACUAUCAGGGCCGAGAACCGUAUCAGACUUAGCCAUCUCUUGCGUCGCCUGGUGAGGCAGCGUAACUGGACCGAUGCCAGCGGCGUCUUGAGCGUCUUGUUGAAAGGGACGUGCAAGGACAGGUCGCCGAUCAGCAACCGCUUCAAGUAUUCGGCAUCAAUGGAGCUUCUUGAUCAUAUGGGAGGUGAUUAUUUUAGUAGGACAAGGAUCAAGAAUAUUUAUGAUGUUUGGAUGAGGAAGCUAGGAUCAAUGAGAAUUUGGCCAAUUGAGCAUAGAUUUGCAGUUCAUGUAGAGUUCGUCCUUUUCUGUCUUUCACAAGGAAAUGUUGAGGACGCUUAUCAGGCUGCUCUAGGCCUUAUGCAAGAACGUGAGUUUGGGAAAGACCCGGUAUCAAAUCUGAUUGUGGGAUUGACAUACCGUCAUUUGUGGUUUUCCACCAUUCCAAAAGAGAUGCAGUGGGUGGAAUCUGAGCAGUUUCAUACCACCAGACAAACAAAUGAACUACAUGCUUACUCAGAAAGGCUUAGUGCAGUUAACGCUCAAGAAGCUGCAACUGCCCUUCAUUGCGAUUCGGACACCUCUAUCGUGAAUGGUAAAAUGUUAACAACUGAUGCUGACAGUAGGUUACACAGAGAACCUUCUGCUGGGGUUGAUGACAUGCAGACAGAUACUCUUCCACAGAAUUUCCAAACCCAGGACUUCUAUGCAAAUUCUGCUGAAAGUACGGGAAAUGAAGCUUUUAUGUCGAAUCAUGGUGAUCAAAGUCAAAAUGUUUGCAUUUUCUCUGCUCUGGAGGGAUUGGAUUUAUUGUUAUUGCCCUUACGGUUGCCGCACUCGAAGGGGAAUUUUGAGGAAUUAUUUUAUUUGCAUAGGCAAUUGCUUAAUGACUACUAUAAGGAUGCAGUGAAGUACUUACGCCUUGCUCUUUACUCAACCCCUCCAAUGUUGGCAUCCUUACUUCCUCUGAUACAGUUACUGCUGAUUGGAGGUCAAGUUGAUGAGGCCCUAGAUGAGCUUGAGAAGUUCUGUAGUGAUUCAAACACAGCACUACCUAUUCGAUUGAGGGCUAGGCUUUUGGAGCAUUUUGAUUGCAACAAUAGUGCCCUGCUUUCCACCUGUUUUGAGGAUAACUUAAAGAAGGAUCCAACAUGUUGUUAUUCAUUGGCAAAGCUUGUCAGCAUGCAUCAAAAUGGAGAUUAUAGCCCCGAAUCUUUAUUGGAAAUGAUAGCCAUGCAUCUAGAUGCGACCUAUGCAGACUUCAAUACAUGGAGAGAGUUUGCUUUAUGUUUUCUGAAACUUUCUCAGCAUGAAGACGACCGAGUUUCAGUAUGUCUUAAUGAAGAUGGAUAUAAACAUCAUAGCUUGGUUUGCUUCAGUAAGACACCUAAAAUAUUUACAGAGGGUAAAUCAGGAAAGAGUUGGAGACUUCGCUGUCGAUGGUGGUUGACACGGCACUUCAGUCAUAAGAUACUCUCAUCAGAAAUUUUAGCAGGUGAUUUUCAACUUCUAACUCAUAAAGCAGCUUGCGCGGCUCAUAUGUACGGAGAGGAGUUUGAUUAUGUAGCAGGUGCUAAUACUUCUCUGAAGGAGACUGGUGAAAGGGAUUUGCUCUUAUUCUUGCAAAUGAAUAUUCAAAGUUGCGUUGGAUUCUAUUCCAAUUUCCGACGGAAUACUAAUUAAAUAGAUAUGAAUUAUUGUAAAUACGUCGGUUAAUAGCUUUUGCUAUUAUUUCUUCUGCCAAUGUCUAUCGAACCCUUUGCAAUCUUAAUACAACAAAUUAAAAUAAAAUAAAAUAAAAUAAACCAAACAAACAAGCCUUUGUAUA